AUGCGGGCUUAUAGGGUCGUUUGGAAGAUGCUGAGCUUUUUGUACGACGACAAAUCAUCAAAGAUAGAAUCCAAUCGUCCUCGCAAUGGAUCGAGGAGCCCCGUACAUUUCCGUCUAGAACAUAUCUUGGAGAUAGUGUACUAUUUUGACCAAGUUUCCACCGAAAGAUAG